GUAUUUCCCAGCCAAGAUCCACUGGACAGAGCAGAUUUCAAUGCUGUGGAGUAUAUUAAUACCCUUUUUCCCACUGAGCAGUCUUUGGCAAACAUUGAUGAAGUUGUGAACAAAAUCAGGUUGAAAAUAAGGAGAUUGGAUGACAACAUUCGAACUGUAGUGAGAGGACAGACCAAUGUCGGACAGGAUGGCAGGCAGGCCCUGGAAGAAGCCCAGAAAGCCAUUCAACAGCUCUUUGGGAAAAUUAAGGAUAUUAAAGACAAGGCUGAAAAAUCUGAGCAAAUGGUUAAAGAAAUCACACGGGACAUCAAGCAGCUAGAUCAUGCCAAGCGUCAUCUGACCACCUCCAUCACCACCCUCAACCACCUGCACAUGCUGGCGGGGGGUGUGGAUUCACUGGAGGCUAUGACCAGGAGGAGACAAUAUGGGGAAGUUGCCAACCUUCUCCAGGGUGUUGUGAAUGUGUUAGAGCACUUCAACAAAUACAUGGGGAUUCCUCAGAUUCGACAGCUUUCUGAAAGGGUGAAGGCAGCACAGAAUGAGUUGGGGCAGCAGAUCCUGGCUGACUUUGAGGAAGCCUUUCCUUCUCAAGGAACAAAGAGGCCUGGCGGACCAAGCAAUGUCCUACGUGAUGCGUGUCUAGUUGCCAACGUCCUGGAUCCCAGAAUCAAACAGGAAAUCAUCAAGAAAUUUAUUAAACAACACCUCUCAGAGUAUCUGGUUCUUUUCCAGGAAAACCAAGAUGUGGCCUGGCUGGAUAAAAUCGACAGGCGCUAUGCUUGGAUAAAGCGUCAGCUGGUGGACUAUGAGGAGAAGUACGGGCGGAUGUUUCCCCCGGACUGGUGCAUGACAGAACGCAUUGCUGUGGAGUUCUGCCAUGUCACGAGGACAGAGCUUGCUAAGAUAAUGCGCACAAGAGCAAAGGAGAUUGAGGUGAAAUUGCUUUUGUUUGCAAUUCAGAGGACAACCAACUUUGAAGGACUUCUGGCUAAACGCUUCUCAGGUUGCACCCUGGCUGAUGGAACAGUGAAGAAGCCAGAAGUGCCACCUCCCUCCACCAACCCGUUUCUGGAGGAUGAAACUGGGACAGAGACAGAUGAGAUUGUGAUCGAGAAGAAUGAUAUGGACAAACCAAAGAAGCCAAAGGUCCCUGACAACCCUUUCCAUGGCAUUGUUUCCAAGUGCUUUGAGCCUCACCUGUACGUGUAUAUUGAGUCCCAGGACAAAAAUCUCGGUGAACUGAUCGACAGGUUUGUGGCUGACUUCAAGGCUCAAGGUCCCCCCAAGCCCAAUGUGGAUGAAGGAGGAGCUGUCUUGCCCAGCUGUGCCGACCUCUUUGUGUACUACAAGAAGUGCAUGGUGCAGUGCUCCCAGCUCAGCACAGGCGAGCCCAUGAUAGCCCUGACCACCAUAUUCCAGAAGUACCUUCGGGAAUAUGCCUGGAAAAUUCUGUCUGGAAACCUGCCUAAGACAACUAGCAGCAGUGGUGGGCUCACCAUCACCAGUUUGCUGAAAGAAAAGGAAGGCUCUGAAGUGGCAAAGUUCACUUUAGAAGAACUCUGCCUCAUCUGCAGCAUCCUAAGUACUGCAGAGUACUGCUUGGCAACCACCCAGCAGUUGGAAGAGAAACUCAAAGAAAAAGUGGAUGCAAGUCUAGUGGAGAGAAUCAACCUGACGGGAGAGAUGGACACUUUCAGCAUUGUGAUCUCCAACAGCAUACAGUUGUUAGUGCAGGACCUGGAUGCAGCCUGUGACCCUGCCUUGACUGCUAUGAGCAAGAUGCAGUGGCAGAACGUGGAACACGUUGGUGACCAGAGUCCUUAUGUCACCUCGGUGAUUCUCCACAUUAAACAGAAUGUCCCCAUCAUCCGUGACAAUCUGGCCUCCACGAGAAAGUAUUUCACUCAGUUCUGCAUAAAAUUUGCAAACUCCUUCAUUCCCAAGUUCAUUAACCAUCUCUUCAAGUGCAAACCAAUUAGCAUGGUGGGUGCAGAACAGCUGCUGCUGGACACUCACUCUCUGAAGAUGGUUCUUCUGGAUCUGCCCUCCAUUGGGUCCCAAGUGGUGAGGAAGGCUCCUGCCAGCUAUACGAAGAUAGUGGUGAAAGGCAUGACUCGGGCUGAAAUGAUCCUGAAGGUGGUUAUGGCUCCACACGAACCCCCAGUUGUGUUUGUUGACAAUUACAUCAAGCUGCUUGCUGACUGCAGCACCGACACUUUCCAGAAGAUACUAGACAUGAAGGGCCUGAAGAGGAGCGAGCAGAGCAGCAUGCUGGACCUCUUCCGCCAGCGCCUCCCAGCUCCUCCCUCCGGUGUGGAGAACACUGGCUCCCUCUCACUGAGCACUCCCACACCUGAGCAGGAAUCCUCUCGGAUACGGAAACUGGAGAAACUAAUCAAAAAAAGACUCUAAGUGAGCAGAAGGAAACUCUGUUGCUCAGGACUAGCUGCAGUGGCUGGGAGCAAAGCUCCUCACAUAUAUGAUUGACAGUAUGCUGCUGAAAAAUCCCUGUCCCAUCACCCCCAUGUCCUGUGAUCUCUU